GAACUCACAGCCCGAGGUUACUUACACACAAGCGUCCGUUCAGGACUAAGAACUUAGGCCCUUAAGAUAGUAGCCCAAUAAAGUAGCAAAAUAGGCCCAGUUUAAUAAUCCGAAUAAUAUUACUAGAAAUUCCACAGUGCAAGUGUGGGAACGACAAUGGAGUCAUCUUCUGCAAAACCCUCGGUGGGUCCACCUCCCAAUCCCCUUCUCCCCCUCUCUACCUUCUUCCACCGAGUCGGCACUCAGCUCGCCACUCGACUCGACGACGCCAAGCGGUUCGCCGGAGCUGCUCUGCUGGCUCCGCCUCCGCUGCCGCGGCUAUCCUUGCCUUUCGCUUCCGUGUCGCAGCGCCAGGGGAAGCAGGCGGCUGCACCAGAGGCGUCGUUCAAUUCGGAGCAUGUAGCUAGGAGGCUCUCCGGAACCUCGGUCUACACGGUGAGCAACACGAACAACGAGUUCGUGUUGAUUUCUGAUCCUGACGGCGUCAAGUCUAUCGGGUUGCUUUGUUUUCGGAGGGAAGACGCCGAAGCUUUUCUUGCGCAGGUAAGAUCAAGAAGAGGCGAAGUGAAAGGCGGGGCGAAGGUGGUGCCGAUAACUCUUGACCAGGUUUAUAUGUUGAAAGUUGAAGGAAUAGCAUUCCGGUUUUUACCCGAUCCUGUUCAAAUAAAGAAUGCAUUGGAGAUAAGAGCAUCAGAUGUCAAGAGUGGAUUUGAUGGAGUUCCCGUUUUUCAGUCAGACCUCCUAGUUGUAAAGAAAAAAAACAAGCGCUAUUGCCCCAUUUAUUUUCAGAAGGAAGAUAUAGAGAAAGCACUGUCAACGGUGUCAAGGGCUUCCAGAGGACCUGGUCUUUCUCAGCACAUCUUGGUCGGGAGUUUGGAGGACGUUCUUAGGAAAAUGGAGAUAAGUAAGAAGAACUCGGGCUGGGAAGACUUAAUAUUCAUUCCACCUGGUAAAAGCCAUUCUCAACACAUUCAAGAGGUUGUGAAAUUAUAAAGAUUGAUUGCAGAACUUCCAUUUGACUAUACAGCAAGUAGCUCAUGACCAUGCGAGUUCUUCAGCACGCCCAAUCCAGCUGAUCAUAGACUGACUUUCAAACAGAGAACUGAAUUGCCAUUUGUAGGGCUUGGGAAGACGCCCACUGAAGCCUCUUCUUCUCUCUCUUGUUAGUUCCUCUUUCCAUUUCUUUUAUUUAUAUAUUUUUGAUAAAUUUCUCCCUUUCUACUUAUGUUACCUCUCAAAUUGUACAAUAUCAUUCAUGUUCUGCUUGCAAUCAAUGCUCAUGAUUUUGCA